AGUCGUCUUUGAGUUGGGAUAAGCAUUUCUGGCAUCAUGCUUUUGUUUGGGAAGCUUGACUCGUCCAAUACUGUCACUAAGGACUGGCUUAGUAUGUGGAAAGAAUGUUUUUUUUUCUGGGCAACUGAAAAGCAACAAGGAAUUCUCUUGAAAGUGUGUGCGCCCACCAGCCUUUUCAGUUAUUAAGAGCCUGAUUUUUUUUCUGCGGCACCAGAUACUAAAACCUUUCAGGACUUGACAGAUUGAGUUAAAUAAUAUUAUGACCCCAAGCCUCUUCAGAUUCUAUCAGUUUUACUUGGCAGUUUGAGAACCAGGGGAAUCUGUGUUGGGAUUUUUGAGGUUAAAAUGACUGACAGAGGCAUGUGACUUUGGUUUAACUCUUAAUAAGAUGCUAAGCGACUGUUGUUUGACAUGUGGGAUUAAUGAUUAACCAUGCAAAACCACCUACUAGCAAAGCCCAGUUGGACUUCAAACAGGCACUGCAACUGGCUUUAUCAUUGGAAAAUGUGGCAAGUGGAGCAUAUGAGUUACAGGGUAUGCCAGUGGAAAUAGACAUCCUCGCCAGGCUCACUGAGCUUGGGGGUUAUCACUUGAGUGCAGGCAAUUGCAUAGCCUCACUCAGGAUAUACCCUGAACAGAGGGACUUAAGGUCAGUCCACAGCAAAAUCCCAAAACAAAGCCAAGCCUCGGCCAAAUGGUUAAAAUUUCCUUCAGAAUCUGGGCAGGAAAACUAUUGUAGUUGCUGCCGAUAUGUGGACUUGAUACAGCAAGAGAGUCCCAUGAGGCCUGAAUUGAGUAAGAGAACGCGAGCGGUUGUCUAGGAGAGUGCACAUCCUGGAAAGUCCACCUACAUCUGGCUUGGAACAGUUAAAAGUGCUUAGUAACAUCCAAUUGGAACAAAUCAAAACAAAGGCCUGGUUAAAUAGUCACGCGAUUCUAAUGGAGUUAAUACUGGCGCAGCUGUAUCAGUGAUUGCAGAAGCAGUUGUUGAUAAAAUUCGCUCUAGGCUCCAACCCUGAAGUUUGUGUAAGACCUUAGCUAGACAGAGAACCUGUACGGGGUAACCUUUACAGAUAAGAGUUCAACUUCAAUUCUGGCCUCGUAUGGUGAAGCAGCUGGUUCAGUUACCACUGUUGUAGUAACCAAUUCGGGCCCAAGCUUGAUGGGAAAAAUUGGUUGAGAGAGAUUCACCUUGAUUGGCUCAACAUUUUUCAAUUCGAAAAUGGCUGCCUGAGUGAAGUCCUAAUUUAAUACUUAAGAGGUGUUUUAGGAAGGCCGAGGGACUAUCAAAAUAGCCAAGGCCACCGUGCAUUUUGUCAGAAAGCAAUUCCACGGUUCUGCAAGGACCAUCCAGUGCUGUUUUUCUUGCAUGCAAAAGUAGAGGCAGUAAUCAGGAGGCUGGAAAAUGAAGGAAUCAUCAAGCCACUACAGUUCGCAGAAUGGACUUGUAUACAAAGCUGGAGGGGGAAUGGGGUUAUCCUUCAUGAAGCAUCACAUGAGCCAUGUGUAUCUGCAAUUGUGGUUAGAUGAGAAUUCCCAGAAGUAUGCUCCUAUUAAUACCCAUAACAGUUCACCAGCAUAUGAGACAGCCAUUUGGGAUAUCAUCAACCUGUGCCACUCUCAAUGGAUGAUGGAUAAUAUUUUGCAAGGCCUACCUUGGGUCGCCAUUUAUCUGGAUGACAGGUUAAUAACAGGGAAGACUAAUAAAGAACAUUUAGAAAACUUGACAUAGUCCUUGGACAUUUCUCCAAGGUGGUGGUGUGUUCCACUCAUCCCAAAUUACCACCUUGCAUUACAGAGUUGACAGGACUGAGUCACACCUGUUGGAAGAUGAAGUGAGGGCAAAUCAAAGGUGCCGUGACUCCCACAUCUGUAUCAGAGCUUAGAUCUUUCCUCGGAUUGGUGAAUUAUUAUGGAAAGUUCAUGUGUAACCUGGCCUCCUUACAUCUGCUGUUGAAAAAUGGUCAGCCUUAGAAAUGGUCAUGUAGCCAAGAUGUAGCUCUCAGGAAAGUGAUGAAGCAGAUCUCGUCUUAAAGUGUUGGCAUGUUAUAAUCCCAAUCGAUGUCUGCUGACAUCCGAUGCCUCCCUGUAUGGAACGAGGGUAGUAUUGGCUCACUGGUGGCCCAAAGGAGAGGAACGCUCAAUAGCGUACACUUCACAAAUUUUGGCUGAUGCAGAGCAUAAAUAUGCCCAGAUAGAGAAGGAAGGUUUGCCGGUUAUCUUUGGUGUGAGAAAGUUCCACUAACAUCUUUACGGGUGUAAAUUUGUAAUAGAAACAGUCCACAAACACUUGCUAGGGCUUUUCAAGGAGGACAAGGCCUGUCGCUCAUAGCUUCACGUCGAAUUCAGCAGUGGAAUGUCGUUCAAAGUACGUAGAACUACAAGUUGGAACACCGCCCUGGAAGCCAAAUAUCAAAUGUAAACGCCGCCGCCGCCGCCGCCACCACCUGUGGUGCUGUCACUGAGAGAAUCCAUUCUCAUUUUAAACUGUUACGGACACCCUUGCGGUCACCACUGACAAUAUUAAGACUGUGGACUCAAAACAUCUGGUCCUGGCACAACUAAAAGAGCUGGUGGUGAGGGAGGAACAAAAGAGCUAUCACAGCCAGAAUUGAAACCUUUCUGGAUCUGGUGAGACCAGAUCACUGUAGAAGAAGCAUUUUAUUAUUGGGAGCAAGAGCGAUUGUCCCAAACAAAGGUUACCACUUGAUAGUGGCUGAAUUCCACCAUGGGUGUCCAAAAUGAAGAUGUUGGUGAGAAGUUAUGCCUAGUGGCCAGGAUUGGAUGCAGACAUAGCUGUGUUGGUGGGGCAGUACCCAAAGUACCAACAAGGACAAAAAUGACCAGCUGCAGCGCGCUCUCAUUUGUGAGAAUGGCCAGGUAAACCCUGGACUUGGUUACAUAUCAACCAUGCCAGACCUUUCAUGAGCUGAACGUUCUUGGUCAUUGUGGACGCCCACUCAAAGUGAUUGGACAUGCAUAAAGUUCAUUGGUCAAUCACGGGGAUGAUGAUAGGAAAGCUGCAGGCUUCUUUUACAAUACAUGGGCUCCCGGUAGUGCUCAUCACAGAAAAUGGGCCAUCAUUUACCAGCAGGGAAUUAGAGUAUUUGCUAAAGUCGAAUGGUAUUUGGCCUACAAGGACAGCUUCAUACCAUCUGUUGUCCAAUGGUCAGCAGAAAGAGCAGUCCAAGCUUUGAAGGCAGGCUUAAAGAAACAACCUACAGCUUCACUCGAUACCAAACUGACCUGGUUACUAUUUGAUUAUUGGACCACUCCUCAUGCAAUUCCAGGGAUAGCUCCAGCAGAGUUGCUUAUGUGGACCAGACUCGGCACCAGGUUAAAGCUGGUUUCCUGGACCUGGAGCGAGGGUAAAACCACUUCAGCAUUGCCAAUGUCUGAAACAAGACUUCUCUAAGCGAGAGAGACAAUUAACUUCAGGGGACGAAGUUUGGUGCUGAAACCAUGGAAAUGGCCAAACAUGUUUCAGAGGCACGGUCAGGUCCCGUGAUGUACAGGUUUGGGUCGGUGAGGUGGUCCUAAGCAAACAUGUGGACCACAUGAAAGCUGCCAACUUGCAAAUGGGGCAGGAGCAAAAGAUAUCAGGCCCCUCAAGAACAGCCGGAAAGACUGUCGGAACCCAUGGGUUCUACCCUCUCCAUAUAGCAUUGAAGAAACGUCAGUCUGAGAUGGACAUGACAGAUAUCACAGCCCCAAUGCCUUUACCGCUUGAAGAGGAUGAAUUUCUUCCGAGAUGCUCCAGGCAUAAGAAGCAGGCUAUGGCCAGGUACACGUGGCCCAUUUCCAAGGCUGAGUUGGAGGAACCGGACCUAGUGCAAAAAUGGCCCAGGAGAGGCUACAUGAAAAGCUUUUGGAGACUGAUAGCAAAUCUUUGAAAUCUGUAAAUGGAUCUCGUCGAAAUAGUGGAUCUUCAUUGGUAUCCAGUUCUUCUGCUUCAAGUAAUCUAAGCCACCUGGAAGAAGAUUCCUGGAUUCUCUGGGGAAGAAUUGUGAACGAGUGGGAUGAUGUACGGAAAAAGAAAGAGAAACAGAUGAGGGAACUUGUUCGAAAAGGGAUUCCUCAUCAUUUUCGAGCUAUCGUAUGGCAGCUACUAUGCAAUGCUCAAAAUAUGCCUAUUAAAGACCAGUAUUCAGAGCUAUUGAAGAUGACCUCACCAUGUGAAAAACUUAUCAGAAGAGACAUUGCUAGAACAUAUCCAGAACAUGAUUUUUUCAAAGAAAAAGAUAGCCUUGGACAAGAGGUUCUGUUUAAUGUUAUGAAGGCCUAUUCGCUUGUAGAUCGUGAAGUUGGUUAUUGUCAAGGGAGUGCUUUUAUUGUUGGGCUACUACUUAUGCAGAUGCCAGAGGAGGAAGCAUUUUGUGUUUUUGUCAAGUUAAUGCAAGACUACCGACUCAGAGAACUUUUCAAACCUAGUAUGGCCGAAUUAGGUCUUUGUAUGUAUCAAUUUGAGUGGAUGAUACAGGAACAACUGCCAGAACUGUAUGUGCACUUUCAAUCCCAGAGUUUCCACACCUCCAUGUACUCCUCUUCCUGGUUCCUUACUAUCUUUCUGACCACAUUUCCACUACCCGUUGCUACAAGAUUAUUUGACAUUUUCAUGUCAGAGGGCCUUGAGAUUGUUUUUCGUGUUGGAAUAUCAAUACUACAGGCCAAUCAAGCAGAACUGAUGCAGCUUGAUAUGGAAGGAAUGUUGCAGCAUUUUCAAAAGGUCAUUCCACAUCAGUUUGACAGUGCACCUGACAAGUUAAUCCAAGCAGCUUAUCAAACUAAGUACAAUGCAAAGAAGAUGAAAAAGUUGGAAAAGGAAUACACUACAAUAAAAAAUAAGGAGAUGGAAGAGCAAGUAGAAAUUAAGAGGUUACGCACAGAAAAUAGAUUGCUGAAACAACGUAUUGAAACUUUGGAGAAGGAAAGUGCUUCUUUGGCAGAUAGAUUGAUCCAGGGACAAGUGACAAGGGCACAAGAGGCAGAGGAAAACUACCUCAUUAAACGGGAGCUGGCCACCUUUAAACAGCAGAGUGAUGAGGCUAGUGCUAAGCUGGAGAAAGCUCAGGAUGCCAUCAGGGACCUCCAAGAGCAACGGCAUAAAUGCAACCCACGUUACAGCGAAGAUUUUGUUUUGCAAUUGGAGACAGAGCUGGUACAGGCAAGAUUAAGAGAAGCAGAAUCUCAAUGUGCACUUAAAGAGAUGCAGGACAAAAUCUUGGAUAUAGAAAAGAGAAACUGUUCCUUGCCUGAUGAGAGUAAUGUGGCCAGGUUGCAAGAGGAGCUCAUAGGGGUGAAACUAAGAGAAGCAGAAGCAUUGAUGGGCCUCAAAGAACUUCGGCAGCAAGUUAAAGAUUUGGAGGAUCACUGGCAGCAUCAUCUGACUCGAGUUACUGGCAGGUGGAAAGACUCCCCACGGAAGAAUGCUGUGAGUGAGCUGCAGGAUGAACUGAUGACUGUGCGCCUUAGAGGAGCUGAAACACAGGCUGAACUGAAAGAAGUUAAACAAAGGAUGCUGGAACUUGAAACACAGAACCAAAUCAGCAGUAACCAGCUAUGUCGAGCAGAGAAGGAGUGCAGUAGCCUUCGUGAGAAGGUGCAAUAUCUCACAGCACAGAAUAAAGGACUACUCACUCAAUUAAAUGAAACUAAAAGAAAAAUAGCUGAGAUGGACUGCAAGAAUAAAGAAGAUGUGAUGGUACUGAGACUUCGAGAAGCAGAUAGUAUAGCAGCCGUGGUUGAACUACAACAGAAAAUUGCUGACCUGGAGAUACAGAAAGAAGAGGGCAAAGUUAAAGGCCAACUUAACAACUCAGACUCCACCCAAUAUAUUCGAGAACUGAAGGAUCAGAUAGAUGAGCUGAAAAAUGAGAUCAUGUGCCUAAAAGGACAGAGGGGCUUCUCAGGCCCACACACUUUUGAUAGGAUCCAUAUUGUGAACCACAUAGCAGAUGAUGAUUCAUUCCACUCCUCUGAUGAAGAUCUAAUUACUGAUUCCAUGAGGGUUCGUGAUCUGCGGGGGGUUCCUCACCAUUUUCACCACCUCAGCAGAAAUGCGCAAACGGAAACUAAUGAUAAGGACAGUGAAGACAGUACUGACAGUGAUAACGAGGAUGGAACAAUAGACCCUGGUCUCUAUAACCAGAUUAGUAACCAAAAUGUCUGCACAGUGAGUCAGAAACAAGUAGAAUCUUUCUCCACCACCGUGUGACCAUCACUGUGAACACAUGAGGCUUUCUGGUUCAUAUCAAAGACCAGGUGAGCUCCAAUCAUUCAGACCUGAACGAAGCUUUCAGUCUGGCCUGCUGAUUAAAAUAAAGGACUAAAGUGAGGAAUUAUCUAGGCAUCUGCCAUUGAAAUGGUGACGAUGAUGUACUGAAUUUCAUUAUGGAUUUUUUUUGGGGGGGGGUGCGUGGUCACAUUACCUGUUCUUUUGUCUGCCUUAACCUUUGCCAAACCUUUCCAAUAUGGUUGUUGUCACCACAUGCUAGUAUGGAAAAGAGCGUGUGAAACAGACAGGAGAUAAGAUGUUGACAGUAUUAUAUACAGUAUCUCCUUUCUUAAAACUUGAAAUGCACACUUUCUAAUUUAUUUAGAAUGGGAGAUUUUUUUUCUUUUGCUUGAUACUUCAGUCAGAGGAAUUGGAAGCCCUUGGGACAUUGAUUGCUUAUAAAAAGAUGCAUCAUCUUGUGCAAUAUUGUAUUUUAUGCUAAUGAGGACAAAUUUUACUUGGUUCGUUUCUGUCAUAAACAUGAUGAUUUUAACGGAGGAUUAAUUAAAUGCAUUAGUGCCUUCAAGGCACAUUUUGGUCAGUAGUAUGUCAGCUGAUGGUUUUAAUUGGGCAUCACAGUGCAAAGAAUAUGUGCAAUUGGAACAUAUUUUUAAAAAGAUAACAGCUCAUGGGCUUGCUUAGGAUCCCAGCACAAAAACUUGUAUCUUACAGGGAGAUACUUUUAAAAGUAUAAAAUAAAAUCAAAUGCUCAGAUUUCUGUUUAUAGAUCUUUACAUGAUUUUGCCCUUUUAAUUUGUGUUUUCAUUUGAGGUGUUUGUUAACAAAUAGUAAUGUACCUGUGGUAUGUGUUACAGCAAUAUCUAAUUUUGUGUUACUUUGUUAUGAUGGAGAAAUGUAGUUAAGCUUUAAUAUAAAUACCUUUUAAAUGUUAAUUGGGAAUGCAUUGCAUUUCUU